GCGACCUGGAAUCGAGGCUAUGUUGAGUAUGACAAGACUUGUCACAAGUCUAGUUAACGAUUCUUACCAGACAAACACGUGCCUCUAGUGUAUAGUAGUUUGGGAGCAGCAAACAUGACUACAUUAGAGAUAGAAUCCACAGAUAUAAUUCGGCUGGUUGAGCAAUAUCUGAAAGAGAACCAUUUGCUCAGGACUCUAGCAACAAUUCAGGAUGAGACGGGGGUAACUCUAAACACUGUGGAGAGUAUUGACGGGUUUGUGUCAGAGAUCAACCACGGUCACUGGGACACUGUGCUGCAGGUGAUCCAGAGCCUCAAGCUACCCGACAAGACACUCAUAGAUCUGUACGAACAGAUUGUGAUUGAGCUGAUAGAGCUUCGUGAGCUGGGUGCAGCAAGGUCACUGCUGCGUCAGACUGACCCAAUGAUCAGACUCAAGGAGGAGGAGCCUGAGAGAUACAUACACCUAGAGAAUAUGCUCGCCAGAUCGUACUUUGACCCCAGAGAGGCGUACCCAGAGGGCAGCUCUAAAGAGAAGCGACGUGCUGCCAUAGCGCAGGCUCUAUCUGGAGAGGUGUCAGUGGUACCACCCUCCAGACUCAUGGCACUGCUGGGUCAGAGCCUCAAGUGGCAGCAACACCAGGGACUGCUGCCUCCUGGAACAGUCAUUGAUUUGUUCAGAGGCCGUGCUGCCAUUAAAGAUCUUGAGGAGGAGAAAUAUCCCACCUUACUCAACAGGACGAUAAAGUUUGGCACCAAGUCAUACCCUGAAUGUGCAGCAUUCUCUCCGGACGGUCAGUACUUGGUCACCGGGAGUGCCGACGGUUUCAUUGAGGUGUGGAACUUCACCACGGGGAAGAUAAGGAAAGAUCUCAAGUAUCAAGCACAGGAUAGUUUCAUGAUGAUGGAGGACUCUGUGCUGUGUGUGGCCUUCAGUAGAGACAGUGAGAUGCUUGCCACUGGGUCACAUGGAGGGAAGAUCAAGGUGUGGAAGCUGCAGACUGGUCAGUGCUUGCGUAGAUUCGAGCGUGCUCACUCUAAGGGGGUCACAAGUGUACAGUUCUCACGAGACGGCUCUCAGCUGCUCAGUGCUUCUUACGAUCAGACGAUUCGUAUCCAUGGUCUCAAGUCUGGGAAGACGCUGAAAGAGUUCAAAGGUCACACGUCGUUCGUGAACAUGGUGACGUUUGUUCCUGACUCUCCGCAGAUUUUGUCGUGCAGUAGCGACGGCAGUGUUAAGUACUGGAACUUGAAGACGACCGAGUGCAUCAACACGUUCAAGGGUCCGCCCUCGGGGGGUCAGGCUGACAUCACCGUCAACUCCGUCCAUUUUCUACCCAAGACUCCCGACCAGUUUGUCGUCUGUAACCGUAGCAACACUCUACUGCUCAUGAACACACAGGGACAGAUCGUGAGGAGUUUCAGUUCUGGUAAGCGUGAGGGCGGAGACUUCCUGUGCUGUAUACUCUCACCCCGAGGAGACUGGAUCUAUUGUGUAGCAGAGGACAGGAUUCUCUAUUGCUUCAGUACAACCACAGGGAAGCUGGAGCAUACGCUAGUGAUUCAUGAGAAAGAUGUCAUUGGUAUAGUGCACCACCCGCACCAAAACCUCAUCGCCACCUUCGGAGAAGACAGUCAACUCAGACUAUGGAAGCCCUAGCAACGGCACGCUAGAGUAACUCACUUUGUUCAUGAAUGCAUAUACAGUACAAUAAAGUCUGUUUAGUAACCUAGCUACUGAGCUUUUUGUUAUCAUUAUACCUUACUAAUACCUAAUUAAGGUGACAUAAUAUUUUCCCGGGUAUUAA